UAAUUAUCGAUCGGACAAUGGGUGCUGGGCUUAUAAAAUGAGGGCACGGUGCAGGAAAACUUCAGAAAGACAGGUGUAUCGGACGAUAGACCACCAAGACGGUAUCUUCUACCUUCAGAUUCGCUAUUCGUUGGACAUCAUGAAAGCCAGUUUGGCCCAGAUUCUGCUGGUUAUAGUUGCCAUGAUAUCAUGGACGGCUGUCGCGCGGAUUCCAACAGACGAGGAACUACGGCAAGCGAUCGACUUGGCCAAGGAAAGGUUGGAGCAAAGGACUAAAGCCCUCUCUGGUGGAGACAACAUGCCCGUACCGACUUCGGUGCAGCUGAAACUCGGCACUAUUCACAGGUCCACGCCCAUGUCUGUGGAGCUCAGCCAAUGCGCCUGGGUCUUGGAGAAUGUGGCAGAGCAUUUCAUGGGCAGUGAAUACAAUGUCAGUUUUGAGGCGCUGACGAGGAUCGAAUCUACAAACUUGACGAGUUUGUGUGACGUGACAUCGAUGAAACCAGUCACCUGCGACCCACCAGCUAUCCCAGAGUUCCGGUCGGCAGACGGCCGUUGCAACAACAGAGCUCACCCCCUUUGGGGAAGUGCUGAACAACCCCAGAAGAGACUGCUCCCGUCAGAGUACAGCGAUGGGUUCACGGUGCCCCGGAUGACUGCCCGGAGUGGCGCGUCCCUCCCCAGCGCGAGGCUGGUCAGCUCCACCCUGCACGAAGACUUCAGGAAGUCCAGCUCCGUCAACUCCAACAUGGUCAUGCAGUUCGGCCAGUUCCUGGACCACGACAUCACGCUGACUCCAAACUUCCAGGAAGAAGGUCUGGUCUGCGAAUGCGGCUCGCAGGACGACCGCUGCUUCAACAUCCCCGUUCCCACCGAUGAUGAGGACUUCGCCAGUGAGCCGUGCAUAACGUUUUCCCGCUCGCGAUCCAGUCCGAACGAAGGGUGCCGCAUGGGUCCGCGGCAGCAGAUCAACCAGAUCACCGCCUUCAUAGACGCCUCCAACGUCUACGGCUCAUCGGAGGAGGAGAUGGAGGUUCUUAGAGACAUGGAUAAGCACGAGGAAAUGCGUGGUCCUAACCUUGCCUUAGGACGUGCCACGCAACAGUCUAGUGUAGCGUUCGGUGGCGUCCCUGGACGCGCGGUGGACGGCAACACUAACGCCGUGUACAGCUCCAGUUCCUGUACCCACACAGAGAACACUGACAACAACUGGUGGUAUGUCGACCUGGGAAGCUCACACUACAUCGACGAGGUCGUCAUCUUCAACCGGCAGGACUGCUGCACGGAACGACUCAACUCCUUCCAGCUUCACGUGGGCGACUCUCCAAACGUGGCGUCCAACCCGUCGUGUGGUGGUAACCACGUAGUGACCAGGGGACAGGAAACUAUCACCGUGGACUGUGGCGGUCGCCAGGGCCGCUAUGUGGGAGUUCUCCUGCCGGCCAGACAGCCCCUCACACUUUGUGAGGUACAGGUGUACGAAGAACAAGGGCUGUGUCCUCUAGGAUACACCAGAUAUAGACGCAACUGUUUCAAGGCCACUCAAACGGCAAAAGACUUCGACUCCGCCGCGGCAAGCUGUGCGGAAGAUGGCGGAAUCCUCGCCACGCCCAAAGACAACGACACGAACACGUUCCUGGUGCACCUGAAGAACCAAGUCUCUACAGAAGUCCCCUUCUGGUUCGGCCUGAGCGACAGACAGGUCGAGGGAGAAUGGCGAUGGGAAGACGGGACUAUACUUCAAGAUGGUGCCUUCACGAACUGGCUGCCGGGAGAACCUGAGAUUUCGGGGCGGGAGGACUGCGUGAACUUCCUGGCAGGGACGUCGGGCUCCAAAUGGAACGACGUGCCCUGCAGCAGGCGCCGGGGAUACAUCUGUCAAGUCGAGCUGAUCUCAAAGUCUCCUCGCGGCCUGCUGAAGUCCCGACCCAACCCUGCAGACUCAGAGAAGAAGGAGCUGCUGCCGGGUGCCAUGGCGGAGGAGUUUGAGAUGGGGUGUCCUGAGCACGAGUCGGACGGGACGGAGACGUGUUCUCAGGCAGGUGACGUCCGCGUGAACGAACAGCCAGGUCUGACGUCCAUGCACACCGUCUUCCUCCGCGAGCACAACCGGAUAGCCAGGCAGCUUUCCACCCUCAACCCACUCUGGAACGAGGACCGCGUCUUCUUGGAAACCCGGAAAAUCAUUGGCGCGCUGAUGCAGAAGAUCGUGUACGGAGAGGAUCUGCCUAACGUUCUCGGUCCGGAUGCCAUGGCCAAGUUUAACCUGUCACUAACCGAGAAUGGCUUCUACCAUGGGUAUGACGAGAACGCGAACCCAACCAUCUCUAACGCGUUCUCCACAGCAGCCUACCGUUUCGGCCAUAGUCUUGUUGAUGAGAAGUUCACCAGAGCGACUCCAGACUAUGCCCCAGGCGCCAAAUGCCCGAUCCAGCUGGCCAUGAGCUUCUUCAAUCCGUCCCACAUCUUCGACAAUGACCAAGGCGGCCCCGACUCCAUCAUACGUGGUCUUGUGAGCCAAGCUUCUGGGCUGUUCGACCGUUUCAUGGUGAGCGAUCUGACCAAGCACCUGUUCGCGGAUCCUCCCGGGUCGGUGGGGCUGGACCUGGCCGCCCUGAACAUCCAGCGGGGGCGAGACCACGGACUGCCCGGGUACAACGCCUGGCGGGAGAGAUGCGGCCUGUCCAGGGCACAUGGCUUCGACGACCUGGAAGCAGAAAUCCCCGACUGGGUGACCAGACAUCGGCUGUCUAGUGUGUACACUGACGUAGACGACAUCGACCUGUUUGCCGGAGGUCUUGCCGAGAAGUCCGUGCCGGGCGGUGUAGUCGGCCCCACCUUCGCCUGUCUCAUCGGCCUGCAGUUCCAGGAACUGAGGGUGGGGGACCGCUUCUGGUUUGAGAACAGCGGACAGUUCACCACAGAUCAACUUGCUGAGAUAAAGAACACAACGCUGGCCCGUAUUCUGUGCGACAACACGGACGGCACCACACACAUGCAGCCUGACGUCUUCCGACUCCCCCGCGCUGGGAACGACAUAGUGGCGUGCUCGGCUCUGCACCAGAUAGAUCUGACCAAGUGGCAGGUGUGAGCAUACGGACCAUAUCUUUAGCAAGUACCUACCAGACAGGUGUGAGCAUAGGACAUCUUUAGUAAGUACCUGCUUGCCAUCCUAAUGCUGUAGACGUGUUUAGCAUAUGAGACAAGUUUGUUUAUUCCAAAUCUUCUUUUAAGUAGGUUAAACCUUUUCGUUUUACUUGUGGAACACGAAAUAUGCAUUUUGUAAACAUAGUCUAUGUAUCAUUAUAAUCUAUCAGGCACCAUGAAUUUUGAUGUAGUGCAUAAAUACAUAUUAAGUACUCCACAGAUGAUUUUUUGUAUUUUAAGCCGAAAUGAGUAAAUGCUGCUGGUUUGAAGAUUUCAAGAGUAUAUUUUAAACAGUAAUGACAAGAAAGCAGUAGUAGUAGAUAGAGGCUAAGAUAUAUUUGGAAGUUAGACAAUUGUGAAAUACAAAAUAAAAAUUGUGAGUUCUUAAAUUAAGCUAAGAUUGCAUGUACAUAUAUUUAUCAAAUUGAAAACUAGGACAUUGUGCCAACUUGUAUUGUACCAGUGACUUCUAGUGUAUCAAUGUCUGACUGCUAAGGGCACAUUUGUCUGUAACCUUUCUUCUUUGUUUGUGGCAUUGUACCAGUUGCAUGAAUGUAUCAAGCCAUUUCAAAAGUAAUAAAAUACAAGUUCAAAUUA